UACAGGGAAGUGGUAUAUGGAGUAGCCUAUUUUACAGUGCGGCAUUAAAGGGAGUGAAUACUUCCUCCACCACUGUACAUGUACAUUUGAACACUGAAGGUCAGUGCAGUCAUACCUGGUAAGGCUUUAACAUGAAUCAUCCCAAUAACCACGGAUUUUAGUCGCCCAAAAAGGUCCAAAAACUUCAUGGUCCCGUCUUGUGGAGCCACCUGGAAGCAGAGAGAAAGAAAAAAAUAUCUGUUUUUUUGACUUUCUAAGCAUGGGGGAUCACGUGGCUGGCCAAAGGUCAGUUUUGGUUAAUCAAACAACAUUUUAAAUAACAAACCUUCUACUUCUUCUGUCUUCAAAAUCCAUAUCAAACCAGAUAUAAUAUCAAUAAAUAUAAUAUCAUAUAUAACACCAGUAAUGCAGAAAACAAUUACAUUACCUCCACCUGGAUUUAAAACACAUUUAGCAGUGCAGCAAUACUGGAAAAGGGUUGCAUAGUUGCAAUGAGGGGACAUAUACAUAUUCAUACAUAUAUAGGUCUAUAUGUCUAUGGGUAUGACGACCCAUGCUGGAAAUGGGCGCCUCGCUAGAAGCAUCCGCGUGCUAACAUGUUGUUUUUUUGCUAAAUAACCGACGCGCCCAUGGUGACAGCGAGAGAGAACCGUCGGGGGAGUUCGCUGAACGGAAAGGCUCAAUUACCUUACAAUAAUUCGGUCGUUUUAAGUUUUAUUUUAGGCUUAAUCCGAAAGGACUACGGCUUUGUUUACAUCUGACAGACUAGCCACGCGGUGCCCGGGCACUUCCUCUUUGGAAGCGCCGCCCCCUGCAGCUGUCACCACAGCGGUUACACCUCCCGUUUUGCCGGUUAACUUAUAACUUAUUUGUCUUUUUCUUUAGCACAAGAUAUAUCUACUAUAUCAAAAGCAUGUGCUCCACACACGAUACCUGUGUGAAAACGGUGGUGAAUUGAGUUGAAAUGAGACUAUAAAGGGGCGGUGAAGCUGGGGGUUUAGCGCCAAGUUAAAUCCACUCCUCUCUGACGUUGAUGCUUCAAGUCAUCUGUUCUUCUGUGCGAGGCGCCAGCUCAGAGGAACUAGCCCCGGCCUGGAGAUACACAUACACUCGUGCACAGGGAGCACCCCGAGUCCGAACAACAGGCGGUGAAGUUCCACAUCCCUUCGUAUUUCUUUUUAGACGUGGAUAAGAGUGAACUUCAAGGGACAGAAUCUUGAGGUUUACUCUCAAACUGACACAUACCCCUCAGAGUAUAAUGCGAGGACAACGGGAAGAAACAGAAUCGAGGUCUGUUGCUCCCAAGGCACCCGAAGAACCCACAGUACGACCGAGAAAGAGGAAGGCAGAUGUUGCUAUUUAUUUACAAGAUCUGGAUGAGGAGGUAGCAGAGAUGACGAAGAAGAAGCAGCGUGAAUGUGAGCUGGGCAGGGGUCUUGAUGCUGGUUACACAAGUCCACAGAGGUGGAUUCCCACACCUGAUCAGGAAGAGGUUGCCCUGAUAAACGCAGGUUUCCCCCACUACAACUUUAACAACGUAUUUGUAACACCCGUGCGUUGUGCCCCGCUCCCUGCGUUGUGCUGGGCCAGUAAGGAUGUGGUAUGGAACAACAUGUUGGAGAAGGAUAAGACCUACACCAGGGAUGUCCAUGUGAUGGAGAAACAUCCUCAUCUGCAGCCCAAGAUGAGGGCAAUUCUCCUGGACUGGCUCAUGGAGGUGAGUGAGGUGUACAAACUGCACAGGGAGUCGUACCACCUGGCUCAGGACUACUUUGAUCGCUUCAUGGCCACACAGAGAAACGUCUUCAAAUCAACGCUGCAGCUCAUAGGCAUCACCUGUCUCUUCAUCGCUGCCAAAGUAGAGGAGAUGUAUCCUCCCAAGGUCCACCAGUUUGCCUACGUUACAGACGAAGCCUGCACUGAAGAUGAGAUUCUCAGUAUGGAAAUCAUUAUUAUGAAGGAGCUGAAGUGGAGUCUCAGCCCUCAGACUCCCAUCUCCUGGCUCAAUGUUUACAUGCAAGUGGCCUACCUGAAAGAGACAGACGAGCUGCUCAUCCCCAAAUACCCCCAGACUACUUUUACACAAAUCGCAGAGUUGUUGGACCUGUGUAUGCUCGAUGUGCGUUGCCUUGAGUUUUCCAAUGGCAUCCUCGCUGCUUCAGCCCUGUUUCACUUCUCCUCUCUGGAGCUGGUGGAGAACGUCUCAGCUCUGAAGAGGGUGGAGGUAGAGGCGUGCGUGAGGUGGAUGGUGCCAUUCGCCAUGGCGCUGCGGGAGGUCGGUGGCUCGUCCAUGAAGACGUUCACAGGAAUCCCUGCAGAUGACAUGCACAACAUCCAGACCCAUGCCUCCUACAUUACAUGGCUGGACAAGGCCAGCUCUUACCAGGAUGCGGAUUUGAAGCAGCACGGCAACUGUCCGGUACCUUCCGGCGUCCUGACUCCCCCGCAGAGCAGUGAGAAAACGGAAGAGUUAGACCGAGUGGAUACCGCAGCGCUGAAAAUCAGGCCCAGGAUUUGUACUCCAUCCCCGCAAAGCCUCCUCCAAAGUAGCAACACAAACACAGAAACUGACAAGAUGACAGAAAUUGCAAAUUAGAUAUUUUUUAUUUUAUAUAUUUUUUUUACAUUCUAGCUGUGAGAGGAAGAAAAGCAACUCCAUUGUGUUGACACUGCAGAUGGGUUUUCAGUGGGGAAUCACUGAUUUGAAAUGGUAUUUUCUCCCAAGUCACGGCGAUUACUUGGAUCCAGAUGCUUUUAAAUGUCUCUGUAGUGGGUGUUUACACACAGGGGCUUCGACUAAAUUGGGGGAAAAAACGCUGACACUCGGUGAGGAUAGUUUGGAUGGCCCCUACCCCCACAGGAAUCUUACCUAUUUAAACCCUCAGUUUAGAUGAAAUCACAAAGCUAAGGGCUGUAAGGGAUGGGACGGCUCAAGAGUUCUCUUUAUGAAUAGCCUUGCGCCAUAAUGCUCGCAUUAAUUACCAACCAAACCUACAUGUCGCGGUUGCCGUUUUUUAUUUUCUAUGCAGAGGCCAAAUUGAAUGGACAUUUUUAUGGUUUCUCUACUUGAUUUAGAGUGUGUGUUUGUGUGUGUAUUUGUGCUGUUCUAAUAUCGGUGGCCUCAUUUGCCCAAAAACUAUUCCUAGGGUCAUAUUUGGCUCUCUGUGCUGCUAUAAAAGUGGGCUUUGCAUGAUUGAGGGGGGAAAUGUAAGUUUGUGUGUGUGUGUGUGUGUGUGUGUGAGUGUGGUCACCAAUAAAUGGUGCGAAGCUCUUGUUUAUGGUUCUACUCUACGCCAUUUUUGUCAGACAAAGCAUGGCCAUGUUUUGCGAAGGGACCAGUAGCUUGGCUACCUUAAUGGAGCAAACCAGCCAAGCUUCAGAAGCUAAAAUAUUGAUUGUAUUUAACUUUUUUUUUUUUUUUUUUUUUUUUUUUUUUUUAAUCUCAACCUGCGGUUUGUUUCCCCACCACCCAAAUGUAAAUCUAUUUUGAUGUUUUAAAAUAAAAUGCUGCUACAUAUUUUCCAUUAAAGACCAUUUCUGAGGACUUUUUAAUUAAACAAUAUUUUGUGGUUAUAUAUUUUCA